UUCGCUUAAAAUAUCAUCUCAAAAGCUACAGCAAGCAACAACAAGACACAGGCAUCCGUGAAGCUGGAACUUGGAAGGAUUGAUGAUGGGGUCAUCAUUAUCAUCACCAGCUCCUUUGCCACUCUGGUGGAUACAACUACAAGACGGACCUACGCCGGUUAAUCUCAUUACCACCGCCGCUUCAUUCCGCCUGGGCUUCCUCCUCCACUCCCCCAAGAGACUCUCUCAUCUCAAUUGUGUGCCUAAAUUGAAGGACAUAUGGUCUGAAAAAGCAUCCCAAUUAAAUGGAAUCGAUUUUCUUCAAAUUCCAAAUGAUAUUUUUGCAUCCACAUGCUCAUAUUGGUCAUAUUUCUUUAAUGGCGGAGAAGCUGGAAAAGGCCGUGGAAUUGAGGGAUUGUCACAACCAGAGACAUCUAGUAGAAAUUCAUUCAAUGGAAGGAAAUGGACAAAUAUUCUUCUUGCUGUUAAUGUCUUAGUUUAUGUUGCACAAAUUGCUACACAGGGAAAGCUAAUGUUGUGGGGAGCUAAGAUUAAUAGUCUCAUUGACAAGGGACAAUUUUGGAGACUGGCUACUUCAUCCCUUUUGCAUGCAAAUAUUGGGCACCUUAUGGUCAAUUGUUAUUCCUUGAACUCUAUUGGUCCUACAAUUGAGAGCCUUAGUGGUGCAAGGAGAUAUCUUGCAGUUUACUUUGCAUCUGCAAUUGCAAGUUCAGCCGCAAGUUAUUGGUUCUGUAAAGCACCUGCUGUGGGCGCCUCAGGAGCUAUCUUUGGAUUAGUUGGAUCUCUUGCUGUAUUUGUUGUGAGACAUAGACGCAUAGUCAAAGGUGGCAAGGAUGAACUAUUGCACAUAGCACAAGUGAUAGCACUAAAUAUGGUUAUUGGUGUAUUGUCCAGGGGCAUUGACAAUUGGGGACAUUUAGGGGGCUUGCUUGGUGGAAUUGCCACAUCAUGGUUUAUAGGACCUGCCUGGAAGUACGAGUCUCUAGCAAAUGGUCGAAGAAUUUUUGUGGACAGGGCACCCAUUAAGUAUCUUACGAAGUAGAAAUGGAGAUAGUGUACAUUGUACAUCUCAGCUGGGUUGUUUAUUUCAUUGCAGUAUCUUAACUAUUGUUGAUUGUAAAUCAGAAAGAUUACCAGUGUAGCUAAGAGUAUGGUAAAAGUUAUACGGUAAAUUUUUGAAUUUUGAGAUGAUUGUUCUAAGAUGUAAUGUAUUACAUAAUUGGCAAUCUUAUUAAUAUUGAAAUUAAAUUC